UCUUAAAUGAAGCAAUACGUUUUCUAAUAUUUCAAUGCAAUAAACUUCCAUUAAUCCACUAGAAUCAGUUGUCUUAAUGUUGUUAAAUGCUUCAGUUGACAAAUUGAGUUCAUUUAUGCCAUCAUAAAGAGUUUCUCUUUAUUUAUAACUCGGAAAGUUUUUCACUUGAAAAAGGCAAAGGUCCAGCUAAAUCUUACAAUACAAAAAUGGACAAUUUGAAGCUAGUGAAAAGAAAAUUGAUUCAACCAGAGAAACCUACCAAGAGCAGACGCAUUUUCCUAUCAAACAUAGACUUGUCUCUUGUUACAUAUCAAGAAUCCGUCUCAUUUUUUGAUCCCCCAAAGAAUAAAAUUAGCUUCUCUGAAACCUGCAAUAGCCUGUACACUGCACUCGCUCAAUUGCUAGUGCCUUACAACUUCUUUGCAGGCCGGCUUGUGCCUGCAUUAGAGGAUCAAAAUCGCUUCGAGAUAGACUGUAAUGGUGCAGGAGUUGUUGUUGCUACAGCAAAAACUAGCUCCACUCUGGGCCAGCUUGGUGAGCUUGUAGCACCCAAAUCGGAGUUCAUGCAAUUUGUCGCUUUCUUGCAUGAAGAGGAAAAAGAAGAAAUGCAGCUGCAACACAUGCCUCUUCUGCACUUACAGUUAACAGAGAUGAGAUGUGGAAGCCUGGCAUUGGCCUCCAGGUACAACCACUGUAUCCUUGAUGGCAUUGCAGUGCGUGAAUUUUCAAAGAAUUUAGCUGCUUUAACUCGAGGAGAUGAAAUUGUGAUACUGCCAAAUCCUGAUCGAACAAUCUUCAAAGCAAGAUACCCACCAAGAAUCAGUCAUCCACACCACGAGUUCUCCAUGACAACAUGCGAGACAGACAACUUAUUCACAGUUUGUGGGACAAGUGGCAUCAAUGUCAGGGCCUGGUCGCAAGACAAUAACAAGACUUUCUCGAUCUACAUGUCUCCCAGAAAGAUUGCCAGCUUGAAGAAGGCAGCUCUCCGUGAUGGGAAAUUAGAAAAAUGCAGCAGUUUCCAAGUAGUGGCUGCAAAGAUAUGGAAAGCAAGAAGCAUUGCAAUGAAAAUGGAGGAAGAGACAAACAGUACCAUGUUGUUUCCAGUGGAUGUUAGACGAAUUGUAAUCCCACCAGCCCCAUCUGGAUUUGCUGGAAAUGCAUUGGUUCCUGGAUUUGCAAGAGCAAAAGUGAAGGAAUUGAAGGAUAGAGAAGAGUGUUACCUGGUGAGAAAAGUGCAAGAAGGGAUAGAAAGAUUGGAUGAUGAGUAUGUGAGAUCUGGGAUUGAUUGGCUUGAGAUUCACAGAGGGUUGCCUUGCAGAGAAAACAGCUUUUCAGUGGUGGCUUGGUUUAGAUUGGGAAUUGAAGAAGAUGUGUUUUCAUGGGGGAAAGUUAAAUGCAUUACACCAAUUUUGACAAAUCCUAGUUUGGUCAUCCUCUUGCCAGGGCCACCAGGGGAAGGAGGCCUUCAUGUCUGCCUGCAACUGCCCGAGGAUCAAAUGAAUGAAUUUUGUAGAUUGUUGAUGGAGGAAUAAGGAGAUAUUCUCCAACUAUACCCUUAAAAGUUUUUAUAUGUUUAAAUAUUUUCAUUUUCACCUCUUUGCCAAAUAAAAGUAUGAAUUUUACAUAAAAUAUUAUUUUUUAAUAUUAAAAUCUUAAUAUUUAAUAUAAGAUUUUAUUGUUAAAAUAGUUUAUUAGAUUGUAACUUAUUUAAAUAUAAAUGUAAAACUUAAAUAUAAGAGAGGAUAAAAAAAAUUAAAUUCUCUACUAUGAGUGGUCAAAAUGCAAAUAAUAAAGAGUGAGGGGCAAAUGAAACAUUGUGUUGUUUCCUUCGCUCACCCAAGUUCUCUCCUUCUCUCUUUGCAUUUUUUCUUCGGCUAUUCUAUAGUUCAAUGCUUAGCACUUUUUUUUCCUCUUCUGUGAAUCCCAAUUGGAUUUUCCUCUUGUUUAGAGGUUGUGCUCCUUCCAUAGCACGAAUCCUUUGUUUGUGGUUUAUUAAUCUUCUGUGCUUGCAGGUUUUGAGAUUUAUGGAUCUUCUGUUUUGUCCAUGGUUAUCAUCUGGCGGAUGGCAUAAAAAGCAUGAAGCUAGUAGUAUCUCGCGAGUGAGACGUCAAAGAGCUCUACUACCUCCACCCGUCGUCGGCGCAUAGCAGAUCUGGUGUUUCUCUCCAUGGUUCAUUGCUCUGUGGCUUUUACCUUGCCUUGCUUCAGCCUCUUUUUUCUUCUUUGCUCCUCUUUAGUGUUUGCUUGCAAGUCUGCUAUCAUCGGCAACUCCUAUAGAUGGCUUUGUUGGUGGCGCUUGUCUCCGCAAAGGGCCAAUGGCGAUGACGCCAGUUCGUUGAUUUGUUAUGCUUAGAGUUUCUUUCUUUUCAGUGGACUGGGAUGACUUGAAAUGGGGAUGGUCUUCUUGUAUUUGGACUAGGCUUGGGCUAAGCUUGAUCAAUACUGUAUAAUUUAUUGGGGAUUUGGUUUUUUGCCAUUA